GUCAAAGGCAGAAUCUGAUACUGGCUCUCUUCCUGCCAACUGGUAACCAUGUCCCAACUGGUCUCUAUAUGUACUAUGACUUGCCCAUCAGUUCUUUAUGCUUUAACUUUGUCUUGAUAUCAACGAACCACAAACUCUUUUCUCAUUUAGCUCGUUCUUUGACUCUUCACUUUGUUGUAGCUAUCCACCAGUUUUGUUUUAUAUCUCUUACUCUCUUUUCGAAUUUCAAACACUUCCCAAAGCAGAAUCAAGAAUGGGUCGUUUUUGGACUUUGCUCUCAAACCUUCAUUCAGUAGCCGGGCCUGUAGUGAUGUUGCUGUAUCCCUUAUAUGCUUCAGUGAUAGCUAUAGAGAGCCCAGCCAAGGAUGACGAUGAGCAGUGGCUUGCUUAUUGGAUUUUAUAUUCAUUACUAACUCUAACAGAGAUGGUGCUCCAAUCAGUCUUAGAGUGGAUACCGAUUUGGUACUCCGUGAAGUUGCUGUUUAUGGCGUGGCUGGUUCUACCACAGUUCAGGGGUGCAGCUUUCAUAUAUGAUAGGUUUGUGAGAGAACAAAUGAAGAAAUAUGGAAUUUUGAGAGAUCAUCAUGGUCAUCAUAGCCGUUCUCCAAAUGGGAAGGGCAAGAAGAAAUUUGUGCAGUUCAUCGUCCCCAAGAAAGUAAGUUAUUUCUCUGUACGAGAGGGAACGAAAUACCAUAGUUUUGGCCAAUAUUUUUCUGAUGGGUUGUUGUUGAUGUCGAUGACAGGGGGAGCAAGAGGCUUACUGAUCAGGAAAAGAGCAGAGUCUUGGUGGGUGGACCUUCUGUUUCUUCCUUUCCAUUUCAGCUCUGAUUGUUGUUUUCUUGGGUGGUUAUAAUUUGUAAAUGCUUACCCCCUUUGUACAAGUUUAUGGCUGACCUUCGAUAAUGAAACCUUUGAUUAUUCAUUGAUUAUAAUUGGCCACCUAAAAUUCGUUUCAAGUCUCAAAACUAUAACAGCUGUUGUCAUACUGGAACCUGUGAGCCAUGAAUUAAUUGUUGAGAAAACAAUGACAAAUUUCAUGAUGUUGCGACUUUUGAAUGAGAUUCAAACCGGAACAUUUACUGUAACCCAACUUUUGACUGGGGCUUUGAACUACGAAAAGGUGCAAAAUCCAUGUUUCUGUAACCCAAAUUCUGAUCUUCAGAGCAAUAGCCAAUAGCCUAACAAUAAGCUCUAGAAUUUAGAAUAUUAAGAAGGAACCUAAGCCCAGUAGGAGAUCGGGCUUUUUGCAAUGUGACUUUCUAUUGCUUCCUGGGCCUUAAACAGUGAAGCCAGAUAAGCCCCGAGUUAAAGGCAGGUUAAACUUACACGUGCUGUAAACUCAUAGUUCCCAUUAAAAAUUGGACCCAAAUAUUGAAGUUUGAACCGACGACAAAUUGCAAUGCAAAACCCAUUUUACAGGUCAGUUCAUCAUCUUCAGUUCAUGAUAUGAGCUGCUUCUCAUUUGCAUCAUAUAAAAAAAAAAUGCGACUACCAAAAUAAAACCAACAGAACAACAUGAUUUUACCUUUUCAUGCCAUGAAUUUAAGAAAGUUUUGUAAAUUAAUGAGGUGAAAACAAGAAUUUCGAGGAAUGGAUUGCAGCCAAAGAAUCAACAUAAACACAUGAACAGGAAGACUGGGCUUUCCAAGUUGCAUCUAUAUGC